AUGGAUCGCGACCUCAGCGAGUCAGUCAAUGCUGCGAUUCUGCAGCACCUCCAGGGUAUUGCAACCGCCAUGAGACUGCCUCUCAGCAACGUCAUCCGGUACAACGAAUCCCUGUUGCUGAAGCUCCGCUUGCGUGAGGCAGCUUUUCAAUCCAGUGAGGAUAUCCGCGAGACCAUCCCCAUGAGCGAAUUUGCUGUCUUGUACCAUGGAUAUCAUGUCCAGACGGGCAGUGGUGUUGGUUGGAUCUCUGGCACCCCCGUCACUUUCAUGCCUUUCGUCAACGCGAACCAUGCCAACUUUUACAACGUGAUCCGGUACAAUGGCCAGACUGGCGCCCUGCCCAAUAUCAGCGGCGUUCCUGUCCCCGGCAUCUCUUCGGCUGGCAACUCUCCGUUGAUUUUCAUGCCUCCCACCGUCCAGGAAGCUAACCCCGGCUUCUUUGCUGGUAUGGGCGCGCCUCGACCUGGCACUGGUGGAGGUUUCGGUACAAACGCCAUCGCUGGCUACAAUCAAGACUUCCAGGCUGUCAACAAUAAUGGCAACUUUCAGCCUGCUCAGAGACUGGAGGACUUUUUCACCAACGACCACAUCGCCGGCAACUUCGCCCCCGCUGCUGAGGCUUCUUCCAGCGCCGCCGAAGCUUCUUCCAAUGCUGCUGAAGAAGGUGCGGAGACGGAUGAAGAAGAGGAAGACGACGAGGAGCAAGUUCAGUCACUGCGCUGCCACAUCUGUGACAAGAAGUACAAGGUCGCCGGCUAUCUGGCUCUGCACCUGCGCAACGUCCAUAACGAGAACUAA